UUGCGCGUUCGUUCUGAAGGAGCUGGUGCUGCCCACACCACACUGCCGGACCUUGGUCUUUAAUCUGAACAGCAGUUCGUGUUGCGUUGUUCGUGUUUGUGUUUGUGGAACGGGAUGGGAGCGAGCACAUCCGAACCGCUGGACGCCAAGAGCGCCGAGGACGCGCCGGUGGAGGAGCGAGCAGAGGACCUGAGUGAAACCCGGGAGGACCAGAGCGAAGACGGAAAGCUGCAGAAGAACGGUCAGAUCUCCAUCUCCAGCCUGAACGGAAAGUCUGAUGAACAGGCAAAUUUAAGUGGACAGAACGAGGACGAUACUUUGGCCGAGGUGGGCCAGACAGAUGCCAUGCCCCAAAUCGAGGAAGUCCCCGAGAUGACCGAGGUACUACAAGAUGAAGUCUGCCCCAAGGUCAACGGAGAGCAGGAGGAAAACGAAUCAGCAGAUAAAACCUCGGCAACCUCGGAAGAAAAAGUCGCCGAGGAGAAACCAGACGAGUCCAACGAGGUGGGUUUCAAGAAGAUAUUUCGCUUUGUCGGCUUCAAGUUUACGCUCAAGAAAGACAAGAACGAGAAGACGGAGCCCGUGCAGCUGCUGACGGUGAAGGAAAUGGAGGACGGAGUUUUAGAGACGGCUGCAGAGAAAACCAAGGAAGAAGAUGUAACAGGAAAAGAUGCGCCCAGCGAUGAAAGCAAAACAGAUGCUGCAGAGGCUGAGAAUGGAGACACGACUGAAAAGGCUCCUGAGACAGAAGCACCUUCUGCAGACCUUCCUGAGACCGAUGCCGUAGCUGAGACUGUAACGGACGGCGCUGAUGGACAUGAGGAGAACCCUGCUCAAGGAGAGCAGCCAGUGGAAGAAGCGAUAACACCAACCGAGAAAGAGAAGGAAGGAGAAGCUGUACCACAAGCCGAAUCAGACACCACCACAUCAGCUCAAGAAAUCCAGUCACCUCUUAAAAGAUUCUUCACUCAGGGAAUCUUUUCCAACCUGCGGAAAAAGACAAGCUUCAAAAAGUCUAAAGAGGAGGAACAGGUGAAGGAGAAGCCUGCUGAAGAGGAUAUUAAAGAAACUGAGGAGAAAGUAGAAGAGGCAGCAACAGACGGAGAACAAGUUGAGGAAGUUGUAGAAAAGGAGACAGCAAGUGAGCAAACAAAGACACCAGAAGAACCAGAAAAAGCCGAAGCCACCUCAGAGGAAGCUUCACCAGUUGCACAGGAGCAGGAGGAGAAACAACUUAACUUGGAGGCUAAGGAAGAAAAUGAAAUUGCACCAGAACAAAAACCGGAACCUACAACUUGUGAGGCUCCAAAGGCACCUGCUGCAGAUACGGAUGAUGACACCAAACCCACCAAAGCUGAAGAAAAGCCAGCCGACUCUGCCGAGGAACAGCCCGAGAAAUCCCCUGCAGAUACCACUGAAGCUGAAGUUCUGUCAUCACAAGACAAAGCCAAGGCUCAAGGAAGUCCACUGAAGAAGUUGUUUACGGGUGCAGGCUUGAAGAAGUUGUCCUCCAAAAAACAAAAGGGCAAAAAAGAAACUAACCCAAAGCUGACAGAAUCUGGUGAGCAGGCAGGUGAACAGAUCCAGUCACCCACAGAGCCAUCCACAGAGGUUCAGAAACCCAGCAGUGAAGCCUCCUCUCCAGAAGAUUCCGGCGAGCACAUUGUAGCAGAGGAAGCUCAGACUGAGGUCAGCGUAGAGGCUGAAGGCGAGGCAGCUACCUCUGACAGUGAGAAGAAGAAAGAUGGCAUCCUUCCUUGGGCCUCUUUUAAGAAAUUAGUCACUCCAAAGAAACGGGUCAAAAGGCCAUCUGAGAGUGAAGAUGACACCCCUGGAGACAAGCCUAAAUCUGCCACCCUGUCCUCAAACGAGAGUGCUGGGUUUGAAGAGAAAACCGAGGAGAUGAAGUCAAAUGACAAAGUUACAGAUGAAGCUAAGGAGGAGCCACAGGCUGAGUGCAAACCUGAGACAAAAGCUGAGAAGCUUGAGCAAAGCACAGAGGAGCCAAAGAGAAAGAUGGACACUUCUGUAUCCUGGGAAGCUCUCAUUUGUGUGGGUUCAGCCAAAAAACGUGCCCGAAAGACAUCUGAUUCAGAUGAAGAAGAAGCUAAGAUAGAGGAAGAAGCGAAGCAGUCUGAAGAAGACCAAGCUAAGACGACAGAGUCUCCUCUUGUAAGCUCGCAGGAAGCUGACCAUGAGAAUUUGGCCUCCUCUCCAGAGCCAGAGGGGGAGCUCGUCUCCACCUGGGAGUCCUUCAAACGCCUGGUAACUCAGCGUAAAAAACCCAAAGCAGAAGACAAGUCCGACGAGAGCUCAGCCCCAGAGCAGGCAACAUCCGACAGCGAGAUACCGAAAGAGGAGUCAUCCUUCUCACUCAGAAAACUCAUCCCCAGAAGAAAGAAAAAGUCUGACGGCAAACAAGGACAGGCGUCUUCUGAUGUCGGGUCUGCAGAGGAAGAUUCUGACACUCCUGCCGUGGUGCCGCUUUCAGAGUACGACAGCGAACAAGCAGAAAAGGUUUCGGCCGAAGCAGCCGAGACAGAGAAGCCGAAGCCUGAAAUCACAGCUGUAACUCCUGGAAAGGUCUCAGCAGAAGACAGAUCUCCAUCCUGGAUCCCAGCAACUGUAGAAGGUAUUGAAGAUGAAGCAGAAGCAAAGCUACUGAGCGAUAUACCCGAAGAGGGAGACGCUGCUACACCUAAAUCAGCUGAUAAUACCAUUGCAGAUGAAAUUGUAGACUUUACGUCGGAGGCUGUGACCGCCCAUGAGCCGAUCGAGGAGACUGAAAUGGUCUCUGCUCUGUCACGCAUCACAGGAUCACCAGUUACAUCUGGCGACACGUCUCCAGUUCCAGGUGAUGGUGUGCUGACCAACACUGAAGUCAUUUUGCAGGAAGCUGUCGAAACUAUAACCGUUACAUCAACCGCUAUGGCUGUCACAGUAACCGAGGAACAGACCAGCUGUAUCGCUGCCUCGAAUAUCCCAUUUCAGGUCGAGUCAGCCACCAAGGAAAAGGAAGUAGAGCUAAUAGUUCAUGAGAAAGCCGAAGUGACAACUGUUUGUACUAGCCUCGACACCAACAACAUCGAAGACGUAAGCAAAGACAGCCCUCUGACGGCUUCAUUGGAGGCUGUGACUGCGGUAAGUGAAGCCCUGUCUGUCGAAGGCCAAAGUUCAAAACCCGAGGAAGCUGAAGUGACAGAAGACAACGUUUGUGAGGCACAAGUACAUGAAGUUCAAGCCAUUUGCAAAGAACAAGCUGAAGCUCCAGUAGUAAGUGUUGAAAAGGAGACAGAAAAAAUCGAGGCUGUGAUGGAGUCAGUGGCUCAGACCGUGACAGAGGUUCAAGAAGUGGCUGUUGUUACUGCUGUUCAACAGGAGGCAGAGACCGUCGAAGAUUUGGUAGAGGCAAAGAACACUCCUAAAGUGGCGGCGGAGAGUCCUGUCAAACCAACUGUAGAAGUGACAGUUUGUGAACAGACCGUGGAGGUCACAGAAGUAGCUGUGGUUGAAAGCGAGGAGGUGCAAAAGCUGGAAAAUGUCGAAGAAUCGAUUGCUGUCGUUGCGGAAGCACCUGUAGUAGAAGAAGUCACGACUACAUAUACAGACGACUCCAUAGUCGUGACCACUGUGUCUCAGGAAGCUCCAGUUCCUGUGGCCUCUGCAGUGCCUGAAGAGGUCUGUGUUAGCCCGUCUGAAACAGAAGAGGUCGAUAAGGCCGCUGCUUCAGUUGAGGAUUACAUCAAAUGCGCAUCAUCCAGUGUUACUGCUGUUGAGGGAAUAAGCGAGGAAGUCCAGAAAGACGUAGAACUAUCUCAAGCGGUGCAUGUUACGGAAACGGAAGCCUUUCAGGUACAGAGCACAGUCAUCGUCCAGGAAGUCAUUCAAAAUGUCGUUGAGAAUCUUGAAAUGCUUGAGAGUAGCGCCACAGUACUGGAGGAGGCACCGACGUCUGAUGAGAUAGUUGAUGGAGAAGAACGUUCAGCAGCCCAAGAAGAAAAAGCAGCAGCCGAUGUACCAGCUGAAGUGGAAGAGCCUUCUACAGAUGUUCAAGACCAUGAAAAACCAGAACCAGUCACAGAAGAGACUGAAAACAGAGCUGAACAAGAACAAACUCAGAUCAUUACUGAAAAAUCUCCAGAAUCGGUCAGUGAAGCCGUUCAGAUUUCUGAAACAGUCAUGGUCAGCACCGCAGAUGAGAUUAAAGCAGAGCAGGACGAGGUGGCUUCAGUCUCUGUGGAAGCAAUACAAGAAAGUACAGCCGUAGAGAAGCAAGAACUUGAAUUACAAACAUGUGAAGUGAAGGAAGAGAAAGAGAACACAGAGAGUGGAGAUGGAACAAGUAAAGUCGAGGAAGAUCUUACCAAAGCGACCACAGAGACUCCCGCUUCAGACCCUCCAGCGCAGGCGGAGAGCGACCUGACGGCCACUGUAAGUACGAUGCAAACCCAGAUGUUAGAGGUUGUGAGCCAGCAGGUGCAAGGCAUACAGAUUGAGACGAUGACAGACAUCAGUGUCGGGAUCAUACAUGUGGUGGAUGCUGAUAAAGAGGAAAAGAAAGACGACGUGAAAGAGGACGCUUCCCAGAGCCAGGAGGAAGAUACGGCCGAGAGGGUUUUGGAAGAGGCACAGAAGGAUGUUUCAGCAAAAGACAUAAAAGGUGAUGAGGGGUCCGGGAACGACGUCUGCCAGGAGGCGAAGUCUCAAGCUAGUGAGGUGAACGCGGCCGUCGAGGCCACGACGAAUGCUGUCGAAGACGAGGAAGUGGGGAGCCCCGCAACAACAGAGGUUGCAUCCAUGUCCUGAGCCUGGAUCCACGUGUUUGGUAGCUGGUAUGGAACUUGCUGUGUCUAAAACACACAGUACAUCUUACAGUGGAGGAUACAAAGUGGAGCUGGAGAGAGCGGGAGACUAAAAGUGUCUCUGAGUUUUAUAUCCAAUCAUUCACCCGUUCAUCUGUCCAAGACUUUAUUCAUACCUCCAUCAUGUCUCAGUUUUACAUGCCUGAACUGUACCAGAUGGGUUCGGAUGUACUCAUCAACUCAUCUAACAUUAACUGUCUGAGAUGAAUCUGUUUGAGUUGCUGUAUGGAGGGCCACUGUUGGACGAAGAGAAACGUGUGUGUGUGUGUGUGUGUGUGUAUGUAUGUGUGUGGUCUAAAAGCAGGAGGAUGCUAUUUUAUAUAUUAUAUUUAUAUAUAUGAACUAUUCUGUCAUCCCGAACUUGUCCUUUUAUCUUAUUCUUAUGUGUCUUCACUAAUUCAGCAUUUUAACGUCAGCCAGACAUGUAAGCCUUGAGAGCCAGCAUACUCAUUUUAUAUCAUACUCAUCAUUGUUUUAUAGUGCUACACUUUUUAAGAAGCACAGUACUACGGUAUAACACUGCUUUCACCUUCGAUAUGUGACUGUAGGAUAGCGAGUCUGACCUGUGGGUUUUAAUGAUAUUAGACAGCACUGUUCAGUUCUGUUCUGGCAUUUUUACCAGUAUAUUCAUCAGUAUUGCAUUUAUAAACUCGUGUCAAGGAUGGAACCUGAUAUGGCACCUCCACCCAGAGAAGUUGGAUUGAUAAUGAGCUAUGUAGAGGUUAGAAGUUAAACGUGUAUACAGGGAUGUUUAAUUUCAUAGAUAUACCUGGUUUUGCUUGGUUAAAAAAAGUUAUUUUCCUAAAGGGGGGCUAGUUGACGAGCAACAAGAAGACUUAAUGCUACGCCAUGCAAUUUGACAUCAAUAGAAAAACAUGAUAUUGACUUUAAAAUGGCAAAAAAGUCAUAGUUUGUGAUAUUGGAUAUUGGAAAGGGUCUCUUAAGGGUAUCCUCCACCUCCACAUAGCCUAGUCAAUGUUAGCACCAAGUUUCAGAUCUAAAUUAAAAUCUGACCUUAUGUGUAGAGCUUAUCAGCUACAACGUGCAGCAGAGCAUUUUACAAUAUAAGAUACACACAUUUAAGCUGCGGUAUGAAUUAUGUGAACAGUCUUGUGUUUAGCAGCUUUAAAAAACAACGUGAUAGAUGCCUUGUUGUCUAUUAUCUUAUUUUAAACUGAUUUGAACGUGCCACUGGUCUUACUGUGUAGUUUAAUGUAUAAAACUAAGAUGCUUGUAACUCACACAGUGCACUAGCGCCACCUGCUGGUUGAUGUUUUUAGAUUUUGUUGACUUUUGUUAACUCGAUGAUGUUUUGUAUUUCUUAUCUCUGUAUCAUAGACCAACACUAUUAUUCACUUACAAGAUGUUAGUUCUGUCUUUUCUUUUUUAAUAACGUCUUCUUUUAAUAACAUAGCCCAAUAAACCAUUUUAAAAUCCUAAAUGCAUUUCUUCUAACUAAAGCAGAACUUAAAUGGCAACUGCGGGUUCCAGUCAGCAUAUUCAUGCAAAACAUCCAGUCACUCAUUCAUGUCAUUUUCAUUGGUUCAUUGUUGUUCUUGUGCUGUUAUUUAAAAUGCAAUAUAAUAUUCAUGCAGCAAACGAUAGUAAAGAGCUCUGCACAACACACACAGUUAUUAUAGAAAAUAACAAUAACAGUAAAACCGUUCCACUGCUGUUAUGGCUUCUGUGAACUUCCAAAUUGCAUUUUUUGUUCUGCUUUUUAUAAACUAUAACUGUGAAGCUCCUUUGUACAAAUGUAAACCAAUGUAUCUAAAUAACCAUUAAGAGUAUUAGACAAUGUUAUGUAGCAUGAUCUCUUUUUUUAAUCAAUCAAGCUGUUAAUAAUAUGGUUACAUGUCUAUAUUUCAUUCAAAUAAAGCUAGUGUUGA